AUUCAACAGAGGCUGAGCCGCUCUAGGAAGAGGGGCAAUAACGUCCGCUACUCUAAACUGGCCUCAGAUUAAGGCGCGAAACCUGCCCGGCAAGGUUUCUGGAUCUGAAGAGCCAGGGGACAGCGGGAAAGAAGCGAAGAGGACUCCCCAACCUAUCCGCCCGCUCCCCAGAUCCGCUCAAAGCUGGCUGAGGCGCUGCUGGGCGGACGAAAAGAGCUCAGUCCUGGCCCAGGAAGCCUCGUUGCCUUCCCCGCCCGGGGCCAGGCGGAGCCAGCAACGGGAGGAGGAGGAGCGGGUGAGAGGUCGGCCAGCUCCGGUCGUCCAUAGAGACGGAGGAGUCCCGAGUUGUGAGGGCGGCGGCGGCGGCGGCCGAAGCAGCGACAAAGACGACGAGGGAAGGACCCACCGACGAUUUUCCAAAGGCCAAGCACAAGAUUUGUGGCAGAACAAGAACUGGAAGCUAAAUUACCUGAUUCCUAGUUGAUGCUUUAAUAGCCAAACCGUUCCUGUCCUUCAUAGUAGAAGUGCUUGAAAGAGUUCAUUGAAAAUGUCUAGCAAAACGUCUGGUACAACAAAUAACAUAGCUCAGGCCAGAAGAACUGUUCAGCAGUUGAGAAUAGAAGCAUCUAUAGAAAGAAUAAAGGUGUCGAAGGCAUCAGCAGAUCUAAUGUGCUACUGUGAGGAGCAUGCCAGGAAGGAUCCUUUACUAAUGGGUAUACCUGCUUCGGAAAACCCCUUCAAGGAUAAAAAGACCUGUACUAUCCUAUAGGCAAAGCAACAAAAUGCCUUCAAGACCCUCCCCUGCAACCGAGCAGAUUCUUAGGGAAGUAAUCCGAAGGUCACCUGGUACCAACAGCAUAAAACAGCAACUCAUUUACAUAUUGUGUAUAAAUGAACUUUUAAGUUUUCUAAAAAGUUUCUUUUCUUUAUAGCAUUCUAAGUGGGGAUGCAAGGUUAAAAGGUUACUUCUUAUAAAAUGGAAUGGUUCUAAGAGCAUAGUUAAGAAUUGGAUUCUGUUGGCUUUUAUGGAAUGAGAGAGAGUUGGGUUUUACUGAGAAGUGCAAUGAGUGUUCACUGUUCCAGGUGUUAGGUUGAACAAUCAAGACCAAAGUUGCCUGAGCUUCAUUUUCGGAAUAGUGAGGCAGACCAGCGUAGAGUCCUAAUCAAGCUUACAUUUACGUUUGAUUUUAUACCAGUGUAUAUCCAUGUAUAUGUAAUUGGUGUCUAUAUCUAGGGUGUGUGCGUAUGUUUGUUUAGGUAUAUACACAUAUUCCUAAGUGCAUUCUUUAAGCACGCUCUUCAAACGUUAUUGCUGCAUUUAUAGAUAAUUCCUGCAGUUCAUGCCUUUUACCAUCAAGUAUAUCUUAAGCUUUUCACAAUGUCUUAAGGGCCUCUAGACUUAUACCUAGGAUAAAUUCUUGUUCUCAGAAUAAUUUUGAAAGGUGAUGUUUGUAACCUUUGAUUCUGCCUUUCUUACAUUUCCUCUGAAAUUUAGACUGUACUAAAUAGCACAUAGAUUGGGAAAAUGGGGUCUAAAGCAAAAGUUUCUCCUCCUUUUCCAUUGUGCUUUAAGAAGGAAUCUCUCCUUAUUUUUCCUACAUACUUCUCUGUUGUUCUAAUUGUUCUGUAAGCAUCAAUUUUUUCACUUUGAUUGCUAAAUUCACAUUUAUCAAAUGCCAAAUAAUAUCUACAGAGGAGUGGGAGACUCUGGAUGCAAUCUAUGGUGCUGUUGCUUCUAUUGAAAUCAAUGGUGGUUGUGCUGAAGAAAUGCUUGAAGGAUUGCAGCAAUGCACAUCAGUAAAUCUCUGAUAAAUGUAAGCUGUAUUAAACUAUUUGUGUACUUUCCAUGUGUUGAUGGAAUACUGAGUGGAAAGAAACAGUAUUGAUUUCUUUUAAGCCCAGGUAUGUAUCAGCAUUCAGUUUGUUGCCAGCCUUUUAAUGUUUUUAAUUUUGUGGUCUGCCAUAGCUGUAUAUUUACAGAAUGUGUUAAACAUUUGUGGUUUGGAGUUGUUCCAUGUGUAAGGGUCCUGAGAUACAUGGCUAGAUUCCCUUUGCAGAGCCUAAGUAGCACAGAGUGCAAAGUCAGCCAAUGCUGUUUCUAUACCAAGACCCAGAAACCUCCAUUUUCAACCAGCCUAAAUAAAAAGUUCCCUUGUUGCAAAGAGCUAGAAUUCCCCCUUUAAACUAAUAGUGGUUAUAUCUGCUCCAUGACAGGUAAAACAAGAAGCCCCAAAUACCUGGCUUCACUGUGACUACACACUGAGAACCUGGCUGCAGAGCCAACAAAGCAAGGUGCCUGCCCCAUUCAGUGGUGCUUUGCAAUAUAUUAACCUGAAAUUGUAGGAUCAAGCUCUUGCAGAUAUUUGUCUUAAUGCUGCAUAAUUAAGAUUAAAUAGACAUGGAUGGUGAUAAUAAGGCAGAUUUAUCAUUUUUAUUACUUGUAGCCCUGUUUAAAAAAGCUAAAUUGAAAAUUGAUCACCUGUAAGAAACAAAUCCAUCAGUAUUGUCUUACUGCUUGUGUUUGAUAAUCACCAGAAUGUCUUAUUAUAAUUGGUGUAUUUAUUCUAAAGGCAGCUUUGGAAAUGGAAAAUUAGAAACUUUCACAGUGAUUUUGCUUACCAUGCUUCUGUCUGCCCUCUUGUAAUGAAUGCGUAUUUGUUAAUAAUAUUAAGUAAUUUGACUGCAAAUAUCCUUAUUUGAGCUACCCAUUGCAGCCAUUUUGUUUGAUGUCUGAAACCUAGUUAAUGGUUACUUCAUUAAAAACCAGGAAUGAGGUUCUUUUCUCAUAUCAAAUCUUAUGAAAAUCCUUCCAAAUUUCUCACUCUAAACUAACUAACUUCUUUUCUUUUUUGGUUUAUUUUAAGAUAAUGGGCAGCUUUUGAUUCGUGUGAGAUACACAAAUCUGUUUUUCUAAAGGCUGACUCACACAUCCACCAUUACAUGGUGAUGACAUGGGUUGACUUGCAUUUUAUGUAGGCUUGGUAGGAUUGAAUCAGUCAUGUCAGUGCAGCAUGCACCUGGAUCAUGAUUUAUUACAUAUGAAUUUUUUUGAAAAGUAUGUUGAAUGAGGAUGCACUGUCUUGCUAUCUCGAUAUCUAUUGAACUGUUCAUAGAACUAAUUCAGCACCUACAAAUCAAUGGGAAAAAUAGUGUAGUCUUACAUGGUUGUUAAGCGGUGCUCUGCUGAGACAUGAAAGCACAGAAGUUGUGUCCUAGCUAAUAUGUGAUGUGAGUAUUGUGUCUGUCUGGUAACAGAAUUGGCAUUCACUCCAAGUAAACCUCUGACAGCACAGUCCAAAAUACUUAGACAGGAGUCCAGUGGGCCUUAUCCAGAUGAGUAUAGAGUUGCAGCAUCAAUGAGGAAAACUUGCAUGGGCACAACUGUGACUGCUCCCUUGGUGUGUGUUUGUGCCUAAAGCUAGACCAAAAGCUGAAAAAAAUCCUAAUUGCUACUUGCCUGUCUAAAAAUGAUGCUGGCUCCUCAAAAAAUGAAAUUGAUUCUAGGAAUUUUAUUCUUCUCUCCACCCCCACAGCCACCUAUUACUGUUUUUACUCAUCAAAUUAACAGGGUGUUUUUUAAAAAAUAUAUAGUUUUGAUGCAUUAAUUAAUUUGAUGCUUUCAUAUAAAAAUGAAUAUGCUAUUUCAAUAUCUGCAAUCAUUUUUAAUUGCUUACAUACAAGUUUACAUAGUUUAAUUAAAUCAAGUGUUGCAUACACUACACUGUCACCAGCAAAUGCUGCUGUGUACGCUUUAUUUAUAGAAUAACUUUGGACACAUUCUGCUGCAGGUGAGAAAUUUGAACUGUUGCUUCCUGCCUUGCAUCUACCUUCCAUUUCACUUGAGAUUUGUAAGUCAUAUCCUUAAACUUUAAAAUCAGAUAAUCAAACUUGACAUUUGACCUAUUUAAAAUAUCUUCAAAUUCUUGGGUGCCCAAAUAUGUAGUGCAAUGUUUAUGCAGUGUUAAAGCUUAACUGUUGUCAAAGCCAGUGUCAGAGCUUGCAGACCUAGGAAGCUGAAAGGCCUCCAGCUGGAAAACCCUCCUGUCUGUCAGAAAACAUGCAGACUAGGAGAAAGACUUGCAGGAAAGAUGGAAAAGACUAUAGAUACUGCAUUACAAGUGUCCAACGCCUUUUCUAUUUUCAUCUCUCCUCUCCAUCCCCCCGUGUUUUCCUGAAGAAUGUCUAGAGGUAUGAGUUCCUAGGUGCUGGCCCUGUUUUCUGGAUUUGUUUUGUUUUCCUUGAUACCAAUGCUAUUAUAACCUAAGUGUAUUUUAUAAUCUUUUCCACAUGUUUGAUGUGUACACGUGUUGCAGCACCAAGACAAAAUGGGUUGGAUCCAAAGGUGCCCUUCCGCAUGUGGCAGAUGUUUUCUGCUCAUAGAAAGGCACUGUUUUACACCUCAUGCUAAAGAGUUGCCCAAGAAAAGUGAAAUUAAGGCCGUAAUCCUAUACCCACUAAUCUAAGAAUAAGCCCCAUUAAACUCAAUGAGACUUUUUUCUGAGUAGAUAGGUGUAGGAUUGUGCUGUGAGUAAGCACCAUUGAACCUACUAGGACUUAUUUCUGAGUAAAUGUAUAGGAUCACAUGGUAUACCUAAAGAAGAUGGCUCUACUUACAUUAGCAGAAGCAAGAGAAUUUUUAUAGAAACCUACCUGUUGGAACAAUCUAUGAACUACCUUGCUAGCCCUUGCAGCACAAUGCUAGUAGCUGUUUUCUGCUCAUGGUGCUUUGGAUCCCAACCAAUAUUUUCACCAGCAGUGCUUUAGAACUGUAUUAUACAUAAGUAUUUUACGAACUGAAAGAGAGUAUUAAAGUGUCAUGUAAACUGUAGGGACAUAAUUUUAAUUAACAAUUGUGCCAACUUUGCAUUCAGAAAUGCCUUUUGACUUUCACUCUAAAACAUAUGGGUUGAAAACUUACCCCCUGUUCAGUUUCUUUAUUGGUUUUUAAACAUUCACAGUUUUUAGUCACAACAGCUGUAAAUUCAACACCAAAAGACAGCUAGCUGCUUCAGGUCACUUCAGUCAGAUUUUAGGUAACUGCUAAUUGCAUUAUCGCUCUUUUCCAGCCUUCUGUAAUGUACUAUCAUCUUGAAGAGUCAAAUCAUGCAUACAUUGCUCUUUUUGUGUAAAGCAGAUUUUGUAGUGAUAGUAUAAUCACACAGCAAAACAUUGAGAAUGCUGCCUUCAUAUGCAGUCCUGCUUCUCAUUUUCCAUUUGUUUCAAUGGGACUUGAAUGGGGCUCCCAUAGAAGUGAAUGGAGUUUAGAUGCUUAGAUGAUUUGCACUCACUAGAAUUCAACAGGGAAAACUGAACCAACCAAAAUAAUUACUGCUAGACCACUGUGAGGUUUUGAAGUUAAAAGAGUAUGAUACUUGUCAAGAGUUUUCAGCAACUGUACCACUACACUGCAUCCUCAUGCUUUGAUUAGAAAUGCCUCACAAGUAAAAGAUUACUCCAGAAAAUGCUUGGUCUUCUUCCUUUCUUUCUUUUUUUUGUCCUUUUUAAAAAAUUGUAAUCUGCUUAGUUCUUAUAGGCACACUUAUCUGAGUUUUUCUUUGAAUUGCUUUUGCAAAAUAAUGUUUUGUAUUAUCUUUGUAAUCCUUGAUUGACAAGAAUACCAUGACUUGCCUUUUGGGUGGGUGGGGAUUUGUAAAAUUCCUUUAAUAGAGCUAAUUUGUUUUUUGCCUUUCACAAGCAAUCAACCUCUAAUAAGCUUGCAUACAUUGUGCAUCUGCAUACAAUCUGAUCUUUUAUUGAAAGGCUUCCUGUCGCCAUUAGAAGGAUUUUAAAAAACCCUGUAAUUACUUGUUCACAACUAAUAUAUUUAGUACCAUGGAUAUGAAACACUUUAAUUAAACAUCACUUCUUUUCA